CAGCCCUCCUUGGACCCAGUUCAGCAGAGACUGUGGGCCUCAGAUCAGGAACUUUAUCUGGCUAGUAAUUGCAUCGGCAUGCUGGCUUUCUUGUGUAUGUGUGUGGGCAUUUGGGGAGCAGAAUUCUAAGCUGCAGAACCUUUGUGCUGGCAUCCACACGUGAGUAUGAAUUAAACAUAUCUCACUUGAAGGACUAUGGCUGGAUUCUACAAUUGCCUGAAAAGUAAAAAUGACUACAUCAUGGCUACAGGGCCAACAGAUGUCAUACAGCCACCAGAGGCCGGGGAGACAACUGAGGAAUGUGCAGGAAAGAAAAAAUCCAAAUUUCAGACUUUCAAGAACUUUUUUGCUAAGAAGAAAAGGAAAGAAUCUCCAGCUCCCAGGGGGGAGAGUAAUUUAAAACCAAGCCAGUCCAGCAGCGAUGUCAGCAUCCCUGCGCUCGAUACUAUUGCUCUUCAUUCACCAACUGAGCCGGGAUCCAAAGGAAGCAUGGGAAACAAAGCCUUGUCACAUGACAGUGUCUUUAUUUUUGAAUCUACGCCAGAAAACACAGCUGGUGACAUGUCCUCUCAGGAAAACAUACCUGGGAAAGUGAAAACAUUACAGCUCCAGUUACAACAGAACAUCAGACUUGGGUCUUCUCCUCUUGUUAUAACUGGCAGGAAAUUGGAAGAUACAGGUGCUGUUUCAGAAGAUGAUGGAUUACCUAAAAGCCCUCCAGAAAUCUCCACUCUUCAUGAAGUUCUAACAUGUUCACCAAGCAAGUCCUCCAACCCUGUUCAGCGCCAUAGCUCUUUGAGUUUAGGUGGGACAGACAGUGAAGAUGAACAGGUACCCUCUGAUGCUUCCUCUAGACCUGUCAGCCCUUUGUCCUCUAUGGUGCUUGUGAGUCCAGCCACACAAGCCAGCAGCUUGCUUCCCGUUGACUUCAACACCCCUGCCAGUCCCGUGGGCUGUCUGGAUACCUCAGCAGCUAGGCACAGGAUAGCAAUAAACCCACGGAAACAGAGAGUGUUUACCAGUAAGAACCAGCAAACCCCUCUUGAACAACUGGAAAAGGAACAGAGUCUUCCUGUAACUGCAGAAAAGAAAAGUACAACAAAAUUCCUUGAUGCUGACCAGUAUGAAAAUUGGGCAGGUUCAUUGGUCUGGAAUGAUGGAAAAGGAAGUGGUGCUAAGGAGACACAGGCCAUAACAAAGACUGACAAUUCCACAAGUAACCCUCAGAAUUCUGUAUCCCCUGCAGACAUAGUUUGUACUUUGCUAGAAGAGGAUGUAUGCCCUAUAGAAACAGACCAUCAAUCUAAAGUAACAGUGUCCUUUCCAAAUGUGCAGUCUUCUCUAGCAAAAUCUGAGGAGGAGAACAAGGCAGAGGAAGUACUGGUACCUUACUGCUCUGAUGAAUCUAUUGGUGAAUUCAAACUACUUCUGCAAAAUACUGAUGAAGUAAUUGAACUGUCUGAAUCUCUACAGACUGAACCAGAAGCAAUUGUAUUUCAGGACACAUUAGCAUCUGACUUGUAUGGCAUUUCCAUGGAAAAGGAGGAUGCCACAAAGGUAUCCUUAAAACAACCUGUAGACCAAAGCGACAAAGAGCCUGGAGACGGUGGUGUAGCACUUGUAGGAAAAGUGGAAGAUCAGCCUUGUACCGAUGAGAACAACUUCCUCUGCCUUGAUUCAGAUCCUGCAAUGUGCGUUUCCCAGGUUCCUUUAGCCACUUUGGAGACGUCCUCUGAAGUAGAGUGCAUGGCUGUUUCAGUGCCUGAAAAUACCCCAGCAGCAGAAGAUGAUAAAGAAAUGUGCAAAGUUACGGAACUUCAGCCAGCCAAAGACCAUGUAGAUUCAACAACAUCCCUACAAAAAGACUCAGUUGUGUCUGUGUCAGAUAUAGAUCGCAUGUUGCCUCAGAGUAAAGUGAACAAGGAACUACAUUUUAAAUCAGAAAUGCAUUGUCCUGUUUCAAAGGCUCGCCAAAGCAAUCAGGAGACAGAUGCAUCCAACAACUUGGAAAAACAUUCCAUCGGAUGCCUUGCCUCCUCCAGUUUGGCCGGCUUCAAGAGUUGUAUCCCUCUUAGUGGUGACAGUCAGCAGAACCAGUUAGGCGGCGUAACUUCUCAAGAGAAAACAAGGAAAGAAAGCAAAUCUCCAUUGAAAUCUGCUGCUACAAAACCAGUUCGAUUUACUAUUGCUCCUGCCUGGCAAAGAUCUCUUUCGGGGGGUUCAAAUUCCAAGGAAGAGUCCUGUGCUAGAAGCUCCCCAUCCUCUCCCAUAAGACCAGAGUUGUUUGAAGGAACAGCUCACUUAGAUACCACCAGGCAAGAGUCUACAAAAAACAACCCUGAAGGGUUUGAGAGGGAUAAUGAGAGCAACAAGGCCAGUUUGAAUUCUUCCAUGGAGGGGGCUGAGCAUGAAACACAGAAUGCUGAAAACCCAUUUGGGAUCAGACUGAGAAGAACAUCCUCUUUGCUAAAGUACCACAGUGAAUCUCCAAAGCAAAUUCCAUUAGCUGUUCACACCACCUCUUCUGGUUCUGUCAAGGAGGAUCAAAAACCAGUAGGCACUGGGAGGCCACCUCACAGCCUUCCAGGCAACCAGAAAGCUUUAGCUAAAAAAUCAGCUGUCAUGGAAGAGAAAAAUGCCCCCAAAACAAAACCUGAAGAAGUCUCAAAGAAGCAACACUCUAACAAACUUUCAGAAAAAGUCCCUAGUCCGCAUUUGGAAACUGUUACCUCUGAACCAGCUUGGAUCUCCAUGGCAAAACUAAAGCAGAAAGGUUUCCAGGGUCAUCCUCUUGCCAAAGGACAUCAAAGGGAGGACAAAACUUUGACCAAAAUGGAUCAAGAGGAGCGAGUGACCUGUGCUAGUGAGAAUUUAUUGGGGAAGAACCUAACUCCCAGCCUGUGCGCUCAGGAGAAGAAAUCACAAAUGAAGACCACUAUGUCUGCUACAGCAGCAGUUACACUUGGACCUAUGGCUCAGGAAGCGUCUGUGGUUCCCACCACUGAAAAGGAAACAAGACAAUCCUGUAAUCUGCCAAUGACACCGUGCAGCUCUGCUGAACCACCCUGGCUGUCCCUGGCCAAGAAAAAAGCCAAAGCUUGGAGUGAAAUGCCUCAGAUUGUUCAAUAGCAAAUGACAAAAGUGUCCUCCUCUGUACUGCCAAUAACUGUAUUAACUCCAUAUAGUAACUUCUUCGCUGGGACCAUUUUUGGGGGGAUGAGAUAAAAGCCGUAGAACCUUCAGCACAGACUGUAGCUGUGAAUAUGUGAAGAAGAAAUGCCAUUGACGGGUUAACCUGCAGUAACCACCAGCAUUAGGAAACUGAGCAUUUUCCACGAUAAAAUACCAUGAAAUUCCAAUUGACCAAUUCAUACUGACCAUGUUUGACUAAAAGACAGUGGUGCUCUAAGAGGAGGCACUUCAUGCCUUUGAAGCAUUUCCUUUCUAAAAGGGGAGAUUAAAGUACCCUGCACACAAUACAGUAUUCUGCAUGAUUUCACUUUGAGCAUUGAAUUUGUUUGGUGUCACAAAAUGGUUUUAGAGCUCUGCACUGGAGCAUCCAGACUGGCUGUCACUGAUGUAGUACCAUUUAUGUCUCUAAAGCUUGGUCUAGGGCAGGUCUGACUGUGGUUCUGAUUGUUAACGUAUCUGUUUCAUAAAUGAAACAAGACACAAACAGCAAUGCAGAUUUAGGGGAUUCUCAUUUCUUAGGUGGUUAGAGUCACUCUGCCUUGGGCCUCAUGCCUUAUAUUAUACCAUCUACUGGAAAGGCCCAGAACUGCACUGCCUUUGUGUUCUACUGCUAAUGUAUUUUAAAAAAUCAAUACCUUCUAAGGACUAGAUUCUGCUCAGUUACCUCUGUAAAUCUGGAAUAACUCCACUGACCUUAAGGUAGUUUGGAGAUGCUGAAUUUGGUCCUUAUACCUAAGCUAAAAUUUUUAUAUUUAAUUUCUAGCAUAGAGCAAUUUCUCUUUGUAAGCCUCUUUAGUGAAAUAUCCCUGCUAAUGGCAGAGGUGGGAAAGGUUUGACCCACUCUUGUUUUCUGUGUAGAAGGAGACCUGUUCGCCACAAACAGUAUCCCACUGUUCGCCUCAAACAGUAUCCCACUGUUCGCCACAAACAGUAUCCCACUGUUCGCCACAAACAGUAUCCCACUGUUCGCCACAAACAGUAUCCCACUGUUCAUAUUCACCGCAAUAUGAUUUUUAGACUAUUUCCUUUGCAGUUUAGAAAAAAAAAAUGCACGUAACAUCCACCCUUAGCCAUCAGUACAUAACUGAAAGCUGAAACUGAACAUCUAUCUAAAGACACAGAGCUGGCAAACAGCUGCUCUUUUAGGGUUCAAUUCUGCUGUCACUGAAGUCUUGCCACUGACUUUUAUGGGAGCAGAAUCAGAUCCUUUAAAAAUAAACUUUGUAAAAUGACUUAGUGACAUCAGUGUCAGGACAACCAAACUGCAGCUGCCUGUACAUUGCACAUUUGCAAAACAUUUUCUGUUUACAGCCAAUGAAAACAUUGAAGACUGACUUGUCCGACAGAUUGUCUUUUGCAAACAAGCUGGGUAGCAUCUUUAAGAAAAAUGGUGCGUGGCAAGAGGUCCAAAUGUGAAACAACACGUUUGACCUUGGAGUAACUCAUUAUCUAAACUCCCACCUGUUGGUUCUGGCCUGAAUUUAAAUAUACUACUACUUCUGAAAUCUGUAUCCAUUGCUAAUGAAGACUGUGCAACUCUUAUUCAUGUGGCUGAACAACUUACUCGCACUAAUAGUCCCACUUAAGUUAAUGGGUCUGCUCUUAUGAGUCAAUGCUAAUCAGAAAGAGAAAAGGUUCCACAGUCGGUUCACUAAUACAGGCUGGUUUUACUACUUUUUAGUAUCUGUUCUAAGAAGUGUAUCUUCUCCUGCAAUGUACUGAAGCACUUGUGUUUCUCUAAAGUUUGAGAGUAUUAUGUAAAAGAACAAAUUAAACAUUGUCUACUAUGGUUUUCUACAGCUGACAUCACAUACAUGGGUUUAAACUCUCUGUUUAAAAUAUGCACUUUCCUAUAUACUGCUAUUUCUCUCCUGUUCUUUGCCAGUCUGGAUUGCAACCCUACACCUAAACUACUGCAAACGAAAACAGCAUUUAUCUAUUACCUUGUUGCUUUUGUUCUUGAUAUUGUGUCUCUCAUUUUCUGUAUGGUAUGUAUAUACGUUUUUGUAAUCCUCACCUUUGGAGGACCCCCUUUUGUAUUCUAUUCCCAUAUUUGGUUUACUAUUAAACGCUAUGGUCAUGAUGGAA